CUCUAUAUAUAUAUAUAACCCCAUAAAAAGCAAACGGAAGAGAAGAGAUCAGAGAGCAUCCAAUUUCUCCAUUUUUUUUGCUUCAAGAUAAAAACUAAUUAAAAAGAGAUGGCAGAGGUGGUUGAUGAAAUUAAGGAAGGCAAAUGUUUGUUAGCAGCAGACACACAGAAAAAAGAAACAGAUUUAUCAUCCCAUGAAGAAGAAGAAGAUGAUGAUUAUGACUCUCAAGAUGAAGAUGACAACGAUUUUAUUCUUGUUGAAGAUGAAAGGAUAACAAGAGCAAGGGAAAAUAAAGCUAAACUACCACCAAACACAAACUUAUCAUACUUAUCCGAUGAAGAUGAUGAAUUUGAACAAGAUUGGGCCAUUGUUCACAAACAACUCCUUCAAACUGAUGGUUUUCAUGUUGAUUAUCUUCCUAAUAAACACAAAAGGAACUGGUAUCAGAAAAUCAUCAUGGGCUGUACUUCAUAUAAAUAUACUAUUGAAGCAGCUAAUUUAGCAGUUGCUGAAUAUAACAAACUUCAGGGUGUUAAUUUGGAGAUUAGGGAGAUUAUAAAUGUCAUAAUUAGAGGAUUCGAUUAUUAUUAUCUUACGUUGGAAUGUACGGAUGGAAAGUAUUAUGAAGUUCAAGUCUUAAAAAUGGGUCCCAAAGUUGAUUUGGACAUGUUUAGGCCUGCUAAACAUUAUCCAAGGCCAAAGACAACAACAACAACUACAUCAGAAGAAAAAGAAGUAGAAGCAGCAGCCUAGAACAAUGGCUGUGUUGGAAGUCUUUUGUUUUUGGUUGCUUUUUGGAGUGUAGGAACUUAUCACUUUGACUUUUUUCAUCUUUCAAUUAGUUUUUGUUAAAUUUUGAAUUCAUAAUCCAAAUCGUUAUUAACACCA